CCAGCGUGUGUGGACUAGUCGUUUAAGUAGAAGGUUCUCAGGUGCGCCCGGCUCCCAUUUGAGCGCUGCUUCUACGAGGACCUCUCCGUGGCACCAUGGUGGACCAGUUUGUUGGGAAAUGGAAGCUGGUGCAGAGCGACAACUUUGAUGACUACAUGAAGGCCAUUGAUGUCAACUUUGCCAUCCGUCAAAUGGCCCUCACGCUGAAGCCUCAGGUGGAGUUCUGCGUGGACGGCGAGGUCAUCUGCAUGAAAACCAUCAGCACCUUCAAAAACACUGAGCUGCGAUUCAAACUGGACGAGGAAUUUGAUGAAGUGACUGCAGAUAACCGCAACACCAAGACUGUGGUUACUCUGAGUGAUGGCAAGCUGCAGCAGACACAGAGAUGGAACGGGAAAACCAGCACACUGACGCGGGAGAUCCGAGACGGCAAACUGAUCUGUACCUGCACCAUGGGUGAUGUCAUCUCGGUGAGGACCUAUGUAAGGGCUUGAACUGGCCACCAUUGAGGCAGAACAUGAAGCCAAAUAAAUGUUGCAGAUCAA